AGUUCAGGUGUUCCUGGUGAAACCGCCAUUGAUACUACGGAUUCAUCCUCAUCAUAUACAGUCGAUGUCACUUUAAGUGACAGUUCAAGUUUGGUUUCCCCUACUAAUACAAACAUUGAUAGUACUGCUUCUCCUAGUGAUGGUUCUACUACAGAUGGCACAACACCUUCAGUUAUUCCUACUGGCUCUACUGGUUCUACUGAUUCGACUAUUAUCGGCUCAAAUACAGAUUAUAUUGGAUCAAGUACAAUCAUAGUAAGUUCAUCUACUGAUGGUUAUAGUGGAGAAAUUACUUCUACCCCUAUUGAUGGAUCAUCUAUUCCCUUGGAUACUGGAGUUGUUACCUCAUUGGAUGAAUCAUCAAUUGCUCCUGGAUCUGAUUCAACUACCUUAUUAUCACCAACUGGUACUGGUUCAGACUCCACUGUCAUUUCAUCAAUUGGUUCUUACACUAGUUUAAGCAGUGCAAGUAUAAUAUCUUCAGGCGGUAAUACUGAAACAGGAAUUAUUGAACCAGGGUCAUCUGAUAUUUACACAGCUACUCUGGGAAGUGAUAGUAUGCAAACUGGAUCAAUAACUAGUUUGACUAGUGCUGAUUCUAGUGCUGAUGCUACUGCAACUGGUUCGGAAAGUCCAAGUGACACUAUCGGUCAAUCUGUCACUGUUUCUGGUAGCUUAUCGAGUGAAACUUCAGCUCCAAGUACUGGAUCUAGUGGAGUAGAAUCGGCAGUUAGACCAACUGAAUCUGGUGUUAACACAUCUGAAGGUGAAUCAUCUUUUGUAUCGGCUACAUCUUCGUUCCUUAAUGGGACAGAACCAGGAGUUACAGCUCCAACUACAUUAAUUGAAACCAGUCAACCUGCUGAGCAACCACAACAACAACCAACAACUACUACCACUGUUGUACCGCACCCCCCUACCCAAACACCAGCCACUUCCAAUUGGUUACCUACUGUUUUGGUCACUGCUGCUACUGCUACUGAUGAAGGUACUUUAACCAAUUCAGAUAUUGUGCAAGCCACUGGUACUGCUGCUACUUCAGGAUUACCACGUGCAAUUACCCCAGCAGAUCCAAUUAAACCUGCUCCAGAUUAUCAAGUGAUUACCAUUGGAUUUAAGGCACCAUUGAAUUAUCCAUUUGUGGUCAAGAACAGUAUUUCAUCAGCUCAAAUUUUCCAAUUCUUGCCCGAAGUUUUGAAAUUCCCAUUCAUCAGCACCCACCAUGAUUCUAGUAUCUACAAGGAUGUCAGUGUAAACAGAUUAAUUCCAUUUACCAGUUCUCAAGUUUCAUACACAAUCACUGUUGCUGAAGUUUAUUUCCCUAGUUCUGCAAUUGCUGCAUUGAGUGAUUUGAUCAUUUCGCCAGGAUCGUUGAUUUAUAGGAAUCCUGACAGUACUCAAAAUACAUUAGCGUCAUUGAUUGAUGCUCGUGUGGCCCUUGUUGGAUUAGCUACUAGUAGUGGCUCUGGAUCCGGUAAUGGUGCUGGUGAUGAUGCUGAAUCCAAUCCUCUUCUCAAGUAUCACGGUUCUAUGGAUUCGGAAGCUAAUGCUGCUGCGGAAAGCUCUGAUAAUGUCAGCAGUGGAAGAGUCGCUGCUAUUGCUGUGGGUGCUGCUAGUGGAUGUGGUAUUUACUUAAGUUUAAUGUUGUUCUUAUUCAAGAGAUACAAGAAUAAUUCAGGUAAUAUUGAAUUAGAACUGACUGAUAGUGAAAGCAGAUUAGGCAUGAGUGAAGUUGAUUCCAGAGGAACUAGUAGUGGAAGUCCUACAUUUUCGGGAAUGUUUGGUAGAUUUAGUGAUCGAGAAAACGGUUCUCAUAGUGGCAGUGAUCUGAGUGCGAGAGGAAAGAUAUCCGUUCCGGUCAAAGCUUCUAAUUCGUUAGGUUGGUAUCAGUAGAUAUCAUUUCGUAGAUUUUUAUCAAAAUGUUAUAUAUAACUAUGUAUACAAUAGAAUUACAUCUUUAAUCCUUUUGAUUUGUAGUUUUCACAUACUCCCAUAAAUCAUCGACUAAACUAAUAGCAUCCUCGUCUAGUACUUGAGUCAAUUCUUCAACCAAGUUGGUCUUGUUGCUAAGACCAUGAGUUGAUAAAUGUUCAUUGAUUACUUCAAUUAAGAAAUCAUCAUUGAUUCCAAGGUAUUCCUUGACCAACUCAAUGACCUUGGGUUGAAGUUGGGAAACAUUGACUUGAAUGCCACCUUCUUGUUCAACCAGUGGCGGCUCAACAACUGCUUCUUCUUGUGGUGGCUUUUGUCUCUUUAAUUCUUCAAGUUCUUCAUCUCGAUCAUUGUCAUCAUUGGCUUGCUCCAAUGUUCGCUUGUGACUUCGAAGCUUAAGGUAAUGACUGUAAUUGGAAUUGUACAAGUUGACAAGAUGAUUAUCUUGAUUCUUGAUAUCAUCAAUAUGUUUUAAUUUAUUAUCGAUUAAAUUAUCUUCAUAAUUGGUUAGUUGUUCCAAUUGGGAAAGUAAUUGAGAUCUUUGAGAUUCUUUUAUGGAGAUUUUGGCUAUUGCAUCUUGGUAUUGCUUGGUUAGUUGUUCAUCUGCUUUAAAUUCUAGAUACUCCUUGUACUCAUCUUCAUCCAUAUCUUCAAACUCGUCACGAUCAACAGCUUCCUUCUUGUGUUCUUCAUUAGCAAUAGCUGUCGUAUCUAUCUGCUUUUCUUCAAAUAAACUCUUUAAUUUUUCUCUGGUUUUCACUCGUUCCUUUUCCAACUCUCGUUUCCUGUUUUCUUUCUCCAUGAUUAAUACUCGACUUCUAAAUUUCAAAAUAUUCAAUAUGGU